UAUAAGAGCCGUCUCUUAUCUCUCACCGUCUCAUCACACAUCACAUACCCCUUACAUACCUCGCCCUCGCCUACUUUUGAUCAAUCAAUUGUAACCCGAGUCUCUUGAAUCAUCCUAUCUGAUCCCACGUGCAUCAUUUCCUCGCCGCCACUUACACAAGACUGCAUCAAGUCUCGGUUACCUCACUUGUGUUAUUACUCUCCAAGCUUAUCCGACACCACAAGCAAUGGCCCUCCUUAUUGGCCUCGUGGCCGCAGCCGCUCGAACAAUGGCCAAUAACGACGACCGCAGCCGGCAAAACUACAAUAAUGGGUAUAACAAUGGAUAUAAUAAUGGUCAAUACUACGAUAACCAAAACAACGGCUACAGCAACAACCGCAACGGUAGUUAUCCCAGCAGCUACAAUAAUGGUUAUAACAACGGCUAUGGAGGCAACGGCUACAACGCCCCUCCUUAUGCGGCUUACCCACCACAAAUGAUGAUUAGCCGUCGCGAAGAGCGUCGUAUGAAUAGAAAGAUGCGCAAGGCAGAGCGCAAAGCAAGGGACGCCGACAUGGUCUUGUCCUUGAUGAGCUCUGGUUCGCGUGCUGGCCCCCGCUCACCUGUACCUCCGUGUUCAAAUAUGCAGUCUCAAUCUGUUAAUGGUGGCGUGCCUUACAUGCAGCGGGGUGACAACUCAAGAGGACAAGCCAUGUAUUCCCGCGCACAGCAAGGGUCCAUGGCCCCAGAAGCUGAGGGGUCCCAAUGGCGGGAUAUCCAGAGUCGUGAUCGGCCGACCAGCCGAGGGGAUCUGGGCCCGGAAAGCUCGUCCGAAAGCCUACCGACAUAUGAGCAGGUAGUUCGAAAAUCCGGCAAGUCUUGAGCUGAGGGGAUAUUGAGAGGUGACGUGGAGAAGGAGGAGUGGCUUUGUUCCUGAUUUCCUUGCAUUGCUGUACGCAUGAUGAUUUGUUAGCUUUUAUUGAUUGCUGCCGGGUGACGUGGAUUAAUAGAUUGGCUGCAUCAAGGAAUUAUCUCAUCUGUCAGAUGAUUCGUCCUAGAUACCAUUGGAGUUAUUAAUAUAUGCUUGGUGUUUU